GGAGGAGGAGGGUGAGGAGGAGGAGGAGGAGGGUGAGGAGGUGGUGAGGAGCAGGAGGAGGACGCGGAGGGCGGGAGGAGAAGCAAAGUCUACAGGUGGUGGUGGACGAGGUGGUGGACGAGGUGGACGGAGGAGGAGAUCCGAGGUUGAGGUGGAAGACAAGGAGGUAGAGUUGACCAGCGCGAUGAUCAAGAAGUGGGCUCCUCCCAGUGCUCAGCUCCAGAGAGCCGUCUCCGUCGCCAUCUACAGCGCCAUCACUGCAACUCUGCGCAACAAGCGGAAAAUCAGUUCCACUGCGACCAUACACAUUGACAACUUGAAAAGAGAGUGGAGUGACAUGUCCCGUCUCUGUGUUCCACUGGGGCCUGCAUCGGCCUCCGCCCAGUGGGACAGAGGAGGUGCAAACUCGUUGGCCCUGCUUUCCGCCAGGCUGGAGGAGGCCCAGGCAAGACGGUCGGCCAUGACGGAGGCGGUGGAGGAGGAGGAGGAGGAGCUGGAGUUGGAGGAGGAGCGAGUCGAGAGGCUGAGGAGCAGCAGAGCAGCGGGUGGACGAGCCCCGAGCCACACGGAGCAGCGUUCACGGCUCCCGCACUGCAGGGAUCAGGAUCAGCUGUCUCUCCCCCUCCUGCCGGACGACUGCUUCGUACAGACAGCCCAGCAGCUGCCAGGGGAGGAACAGCUGAGCCAGGCCCUUGGGGUCCUUGAGGAGCUGCGGGUGUCCGGAGUGUCGCGAGACCUGCCUGUGUUUCUGCACCUGGCCAACGCCGUCGGAGACUUGCUGAGCACCUAGCCCAAGCGUGUCUCUGUGUGUGUGUGUGUCUGUGUGUGUGUCUGUGUGUGUGUCUGUGUGUGUGUGUGUCUGUGUGUGUGUCUGUGUGUGUGUGUGUCUCUGUGUGUGUGUGUGUGUCUGUGUGUGAGACCUGCCUGUUUUUCUGCACCUGGCCAACGCCGUCGGAGACUUGCUGAGCACCUAGCCCAAGCGUGUCUCUGUCUGUCUGUGUGUCUGUGUGUCUGUCUGUGUCUCUGUGUGUGUGUCUGUGUGUGUGUGUGUCUGUCUGU